AUGCGCGCCGCCGUCGUUCUCGCAGCUCUCAGCAGCCUCGUCAUGGCUGCCCCUAAGGCCGAGCCUAGCAAGAUCGGUGUCAUUUUCACCUACACAAACGGAACUCAAUCCGAGAUGAAGUGGGUUGACGACAGCAUCUCUCAGGUGCCUCUCAACAGCGGCGGCAUUGUUGACAAUGUCUUCGUCGAGCCACUUUUGAACCCUGCCCUCCCCGGCAGAUACUUCGGUGCUCGCUGCGCUUUCUUGGAUGCCAUGAGCCGCGGUCUGGGAGUGGGUCAGGUGAAUGGACCUGGAAUUAUCAUUCUCGAGUCCAAGGAUGUUAUCGAGUUUGUUCAAUGCAACACUGAUUAA